AGACGAGACGAGACGAGGCGAGCGGACCCGUGGAAACCUAAUCGGCGCGACGGCGGCAGCGACGACAGCCACUUCCUCCACUCCAGCGGGCUAAUCGUCGUCGACUCUAUCCUCCGGCUUCCGACUGCAAAAUCUCUUUUCUUGGCAAAAGAUGGCGAAGAAAUUGGGGAAGAAGGCCAGGAAGUUCGCCAAGAAGAACCUCCCGUCCGUUAUGAAGAGGCAGCGCAAGCUUAACUCCAUGUUCAAGAAGAAAUCCGCUCCCCGUAGAUUGAAAGUAAGCAACGAGGUUUUCCUUGAAGAGAGCAAUAAGUCGAAAAACGUUCAGCAGACUCACGGAGAUCGUGAAGGGAUGAUCCUAGAUGAAGCUGUUUACAACAAUGAUCUUGGGGACCUAUUUCAUCAAGAUGAUUAUGAUUUGGAUGAGGAUGUUUCAGUUAGUGAUGGAUAUAUAUCUGAGGACCCUGAAUGCCCUUACAUUUCGGAAAGUGAAGACGAGAUAUGUUCUGAAGAAAAGAGUGGUGACGCUCCUAUUCUGCUACAAAACAGGGAAAUCUAUCAAGAGAUUGCAAAGCAGAAGCGUAAAUUAGAUAAGCUGUGUGUCAAGGACCCACAAUUUUCAAAAUUCCUUGAAAGUCGAAGAUCUGACCUCCACAAGUCCAAAAGUGAAGAAAUUUAUUCAGAUGAAGAAGGUGAUGCUAAUAGUGCUGAUGAUGACGGCAUAAGAGAAAGUGAAACUUCACUUAGUGGCAAGGUUCUUACAAGCUCGACUUUAGAUGUUUGGUGUUGGAUGGUUAUGGAACAGCCAAAUAGUUCUACACUCUCUAGCCUGCUUUAUGGCUUCCGUGCUGCUUGUCAUUAUGGGGUGGACUCUGAUGAAGUUUCACAACAGAAGAUUGCAAAUAGAGAGGUUUUCUCUAAGCUUCUCACAUUCGUUCUUCAAGAAGCACAUGGUAUUUUCUGUAGGCUCUUGGGAAUUUCGGGUUCGAUGAAUAAAGAAAACAUGUUGAAGACAACAAAAAAGUCAGAGUGGAAAUCUGUGAGACCACUGAUCAAGUCAUAUCUGAGGAGUUCACUCUUCCUUUUGAAUCAGGAAAUGGACAACCAGAUUCUUAUGUUUGUCAUAUCUCAGCUCAGGUUGUCAAUUAUGUUCUUUGCUGCUUUCCCAUCACUAGCAAAGAGGUUGAUUAAGCGAUCCAUACAUUUGUGGGCUACAGGCGAUGAGAAUCUCUCUGCAUGUUCAUUUUUUAUUAUACGGGACAUUGCUUCAAAGUUUUCCUCCGACUACUUUGAUAUAUGCCUGAUGAGAACAUAUCGAGCUUUCAUAGCAAAUUGCAAGUUUAUGGACCCCGUAAAUCUGAAGCAUAUUAAAUUUCUGAUGCACUCUAUAGUGGAAAUUUAUUCCUUAGAUAUUCAAAAAUCAUCUCAGAAGGUGCUUGUCUCUGUGCAGCAGCUCGCAAGUAUCUUAAGGCAGGCUCUCAAGAUAAAGAAAAAGGAGGAACUAAAAAAGAUACAUAGCUGGCAGUACAUUAACUGCAUCAGUGUAUGGGUUGAGUUUGUUUCUUGUAACUACAAGAAUUAUGACCUACAGCCAUUGCUUGUUUUGAUUAUUGAAAUUAUAAGGGGGAUAGCUCACUUGUUUUCUGGGCCACGUUAUUUGCCUUUAAGGUUUAAAUGCGUGAAAAUACUCAAUCAGCUCUCUCUUUCCAGUGGAGUUUUCAUUCCUAUUGCAUCCUUGCUCUUCGACUGCCUAGAACAUAGAGGAAAUAUCAAUGUAGACAGAACACAGAGAAGUCAUGUUGACUUUUCUUCCUUAUUGAAGGUACCCAAACAACUGCUCAAAUCACGAGACUUUCAUGAGGAGAGUAUUCUUACAGCUAUUCAGUUGCUUUCAGAGCAUUUUUCUCAAUGGAGCUAUCAUAUAUCUUUUCCUGAAUUAACAACCAUUCCACUGAUUCUCCUGAAGAGAUUCCAUGAGAAUACAACUCUCGAAAGUGUUCGUCGUACUGUUAAGCGUUUGAUGGAUCAGGCUCAGCAGAACAGUGAAUUCAUUCAGAGAAAAAGAGAUGAGGUUUCAUUUUCACCAGAGGAUCAAUCAUCAGUUGAUAGCUUUCUUCAGGUCAGUUUUUCCUCCCUCUAUACCUUUUUCUUCAUGCAAGAAUAGCCAUGAUGAAUCUUUUCUUUGAUUUCUAUAUGC